UCCAGCGGGCGGUGCCGGGCCCGGUGCCGCCGGUGCGGGCCGGGGGUGGAGGAGGCGGAGGGAGGUCCCGGUCCCGGUUGUGGUCACCGUCCCGGUUCCGAUCCCAGUCCCGGCGCGCCAUGGUGGUGCUGCGGGGCGGCGCGGGCCCCGAGGAGCCGUUCCCGAGGAUCGAGGACUGCCUGCCCCUGCUGCAGGACUCCCCCUCCAAGCGUUUCUCUCCAUCCAAGAGGAAGCAGUACUACAUCAACAAAGCCAUCCGCAACUCUGACCUCAUCCCCAGGGCCAAGGGCCGCAAGAGCCUCCAGAGGCUGGAGAACACUCGUUACCUGAUGACCCUUCUGGAGCAGGAUGACUGCGGGAGCGACGAGGGAGAGCUCAGCCACUCUGCCACCCCCAGCAUCUUCACUGAGGCCUGCAACAAUGAGACCUAUGUGGAGAUCUGGAACGACUUCAUGAACCGCUCGGGAGAGGAGCAGGAGAGGGUCCUGCUCUACCUGGAGGAGGAGGCCAGGAAGAAGCACAGGAGGAAGCUGCCUGUCAAGAAUGAGGACAAGUGGAAAGAGCUCCCUGCCUACACCCCCCAGGAGUGCUUCCAGCGCAUCAGCCGCCGCCUGCGUGCCACCCUGAAGAGGGGCAGGAUCCCCAUGGGGACUCUGGAGGGGCUGGAGGAGGAGCUGCUGGCCUUCUUCUCUGUCACCCCUCAAUCUGUGUACACAGCACUGAUGGAUAACAGCUUUGAGAGGCUCCUGCUCCACGCCCUCUGCCAGUACAUGGAUCUCGUCUCUGCCAGCUCGGACAUCGAAGGGAAGCGCCAGAUGAAAGUGAGCAACAAACACCGCGUGUUCCUGCCCCCGGAGCUGCUGCUCUCAGACUACCUGGGCCAGAUGAGCUGAUGCUGCCCCCACAGCCCCUCGUGUGUCCUGUGCAGCCUCUCCCGGACCCUCCUCAGCCCUUCCCCUGCUCCCAGGCCGGGGCUUUGUGGCUGUGCUGGCAGCAGGGCACAGGGUGCAGAGCAGGUGCCUCUCGCCCGCCCUGCUGCCAGCACAGCCCUGCUGGAACUGCUCGUGUGUCUAUUUAUAACCCAGGUGUUUUUAAAAAAGAAUCAGGCGGGGCCAGCCUCCCUCGGUGGGGUGAUGUGGGUCCAGAUUUUUCUGCGGUGAAACAGCAGCUCCCGGGCGGCUGCUGAGCAAUCGCUGAGGCGGCGGAAGAGCCUCGGGGCUGCCGCGUUCCCUCCGGGGCUGCCGCGUUCCCGUUGUUCCCGCAGCCCACCGGGGGCUCGGCCGGGGCGGGGUGUGGGCAGCUCCCGGUGCUUUUUACCCCAUGCCCAGCCUGCAGAACGGGGCUGGUUUUAAGUGUAAUAUAGCUUGUGUUUUUUAUCACGUGUGUAUGUGUGUGUGUAUUUACACAUGUGUGUGUGUGUGUGUGUGCUGGAGGGGUGCAGGGGACUCUGCUUUUCCAUGGGGGGGCAGAUAUGCCAAGGGUUGCUCGUAGGGAAAUCUUUGCUGGUUGCUCUUGUCCCACCGUGUCACUGACUGCCAUUAACCCAGACCCAGGAGGCUCGGCCGGGGCGGGGUGUGGGCAGCUCUGGGUGCUUUUUACCCCAUGCCCUGUCUACAGAACGGGGCUGUUUUUAACUGUAAUAUAGCUUGUGUUUUUUAUCACGUGUGUGUAUUUACGUGUGUGUGUGUGCUGGAGGGGUGCAGGCCCCUUCGGGGCUCUUCUUUUCCAUGGGGGGGCAGAUGAUGCAUUUUGGGGGUCCCUCUAUGUGCCAAGGGUUGCUCGCAGGGAAAUUUUUGCUGGUUGCUCUUGUACCACGAUGCCAUUAACCGUGGGCACCCCCAGACCCACGAGGCCUGACCAGGGCUGGGUGUGGGCAGCUCCCGGUGCUUUUUACCCCAUGCCCAGCCUGCAAAACGGGGCUGUUUUUAAAUGUAAUAUAGCUUGUGUGUUUUAUCACGUGUGUGUAUUUACAUAUGUGUGUGUGCUGGAGGGGUGGGCUCUGCUUUUCCGUGGGGCAUUUUGGGGGUCCCUCUAUGUGCCAAGGGUUGCUCGCAGGGAAAUUUUUGCUGGUUGCUCUUGUCCCACGAUGUCACCGACUGCCGUUAAUCGCGGGCACCCCCAGACCCCGGGGAGCCCCUCGCGCCUCCUUCGCUGGUUCAGCAACAAUAAAAACGGUGCUCCCCUG